AUGCCCAACAGCAAGUUUCCUGGAUCUCCUACAAUUAGGACCCCGGGAUCUCCUACAAUCCAGUCCAGGCAGACAUCCAUAGUGGAGAUGCUGUCGACUCCACCUCCUAUCGAACAUUUGGAGUUGGGGUCGAUUGAUAGCUCUAUCUCGACUCCGGGUUCUCCAGGAAGUCAUGGUUCCAACUUAUACCAUCUCCAGCCACAGUCCAGUAUCCAAUCGUCUCUAUCAAGAAAUGCAUCCAUGUCAUCCUCAAAUUCCACCUUCAUGGGCGGAACCUGCGGUGAGUGGCAGCAUGUUACGUUGAGUGAACUUGUUGAGCAGAACAAGUUGAUAACAAUUAGCUCUAAGGUUUCUGUUGAACAAGCGUUUGAUACGCUUGUAGAUAACGGCCUCACAUCUGUUCCAGUUGAAGAAUUCCCUAAAGAUAUCAAUUGCCUAACAUUCGAUUACACAGAUUUGAACUCGUAUUUAUUACUAGUUUUGAACAAAUUGAAACCCGACUCGCUACUUCAAAUCAAUUACGAACCGCGCGACGAGAUCCCAGAGCUGAUCAAACGUGCCCAACGAGGGGAUCAAGUCCCUGUCUCAUUUGUUAUUCGCCUGACCAACAAAAACCCAUUUAUUAAGUUGAACGAGCAAGACACUUUAUCGACUGUUGUUGAGAUUUUGGGUACCGGAGUUCAUCGGGUGGCCAUUACCAAAGAAAACCAAAUCACUGGAAUCCUUUCCCAAAGACGGUUGGUCAAGUACCUAUGGGAAAAUGCUAGACGGUUUCCCUCCAUGGAGCCACUUCUCAGCUCUUCAAUUCAGAGUCUGAAUAUUGGAUCUUCUAAUGUGAUCAGUAUUUAUGGAGACCAACUACUCAUUGAAGGUCUUGUGAAAAUGCAUGAUUUGAUGAUAUCUUCUCUUGCCGUUGUCGACAGAAAUAACAAUUUAUUGGGUAAUAUUUCUGUCACUGACGUGAGACUGGUGUCGAAGUCUUCCAAGAGUGAUUUGCUCUACAAAUCGUGCUUGCACUUUAUCUCUGUGAUUUUGAAUUCUAGGGGCUUGGAGAACGGCAAAGACUCGUUCCCAAUCUUCCAUGUUACAUCCUCGUCGUCACUUGGCCGUACCAUGGCCAAGCUCGUGGCAACACAAUCCCAUCGUUUGUGGAUUGUGAAGCCGGACCACCAGGGAUCGAUAUCCUCUAUUUCUCCAACCCAGCCCUCUCCAUCAGAGCCAAAGAGUGGAUCAAUUUCGGGUCCAUCGUCUGUUCCUUUGAUCUCGCAAUCUUCUCAAGGAGCAGACGCCGGAGAGGCCAGAACUUCCGGCAAGCUUGUUGGUGUGCUUUCGUUGACCGACAUUCUGUCGCUUUUGGCCAAGACACUUGGCAAAGAGCAUGUGGAGCCGUCAAUUGCACGGAAACAAAGAAGACGUUCCAGUAGCAGCACCAGCAGCAGAACCACUACUUCAUCGCUAGAGAUGUUUAGAAAGAGCAUCAGUGACCACAAUGACAGAUAA